AUGGGGCUUGUCAAUGCUGCCACAAGCUUGAAAGUUAACCCUCUUGUUUGUAGAGACUUACAUGUAAUUCAGAUCAACAUUUCAGGGUUUAGAAGAACAAGGAUUGGGAAACAAAAUCCACAAUUCUCAGUCGAUUCACUACUGAAUCUCACCCGUUUAUCCUCUUUCAACGCCUCAAGGUUCUCUCUUCCAGGUCCAAUCCCGGUUUGGUUCGGAUCAAGUAUGUUGACUUUGGAGGUGUUGGACCUUAGCUCUUGUUCAAUCACAGGAACCAUCCCUGCAAAUUUGAGUGGGUUAUCACGCCUCACAGUCUUCGAUCUUUCAAAGAAUUCAAUCACUGGGAGUAUUCCUCUGUCUCUUACAUCUCUUCAGAACCUAUCAAUUCUUGAUCUUUCCUCAAACUCGGUAAAUGGUCUGAUUCCUGCUAGCAUCGGGGCUCUCUCAAAGCUCCAACGUCUGAAUCUUUCGCAUAACGCCUUGUCCUAUUCCAUACCUCCAUCUAUCGGAGACCUUUCUGCUUUAGUUGAACUCGAUCUCAGCUUCAACGACCUGUCUGGUUCGGUUCCGACAGAGUUAAAAGAGCUAAGAAACUUGCUGACACUUGUAACUGCCGGAAAUCGGCUUUCAGGAUCCCUACCUCCUGAUCUGUUUAGUUUCCUGAGUAAACUACAGAUCGUUGACUUCAGAGGCAGUGGUUUCAUCGGCGUUUUACCUUCCAGGUUAUGGUCGUUACCAGAACUGACGAUUCUAGAUCUUUCUGGAAAUCAAUUCUCCGACAUGCUGCCGGAUACCACUGUUGCUUUUGAUUCUACGGUCUCAAUGCUUAACAUAUCCGGGAACAUGUUUUACGGCAAUCUCACAAUUUUGCUGAGAAGGUUCCAAGUUGUUGAUCUGUCAAGAAACUAUUUUGCAGGUAAAGUUCCUGACUUCAUACCCAUCAGUGCUUCCUUGAGCAACAAUUGUCUUCAGGGGCCAAUGAACCAGAGGGAAUUGUCGGAUUGCGCUUCGUUUUAUUCCAAAAAGGGAUUAACUUUCGACAACUUCGGACAACAACCUGCACAGAAAAAGAAGCCUAAAUCUACCUGGUUAAGCCACAGGACCAUUGUUAUACUUGCUGCAGUUGGAGGGUCCAUUUUGGUUAUGCUCAUUCUAAUAUUGUUACCAAUAACCGUGAGCUUCUGUGUCCGUCGAAGAAACAGAUCAUCAAGUAGUACGCAUCCUAGAGGAAGACACAACGGCGUUGGCCCAUUGCCUCCUGAUGAAACACUUCCCUCGGGAAGAGGAGUCUCUAUGAACUUUGCGAGUCUUGGAUCGUCAUUUACUUAUCAACAGCUGCGCAAUGCCACGAAGGAAUUUCGAGAUUCGAACCUGAUCAAGAAAGGAAAAUCGGGGGAUCUUUUCAAGGGCGUUCUAGAAACCGGAGUUCAGGUCGUUGUGAAAAGAAUCAGCUUGGAAUCGAUGAAGAACAACGAAGCGUACCUAACCGAGUUGGAUUUCUUCAGCCGGUUUGCUCAUCCGAGAAUUGUCCCAUUUGUAGGAAAGUACUUAGAGGACACAACCCAUAAGUUCUUGGUGUAUAAGUACAUGCCAAAUAGAGAUUUACCAAGCUCGUUGUUCUAUAAAUCCAAUUCCCUGGUUGAGGACGGAUUGAAAUCUCUUGAUUGGAUCACCAGACUGAAAAUCGCAUUGGGAGCAGCAGAGGGACUUUCUUAUCUGCACCACGACUGUUCACCAUCUAUCGUCCACAGAGAUGUUCAAGCAAGCAGCAUUCUCCUGGAUGAUAAGUUUGAAGUAAGGCUUGGAAGCUUCAGCAGAGCUUGUCAUCAAGAAAACAGCGGCCGUCCACGUAAAAUCGCCCGAUUGCUCAGAUUAUCCCAGUCUUCUCAAGAAAGUGUUCCUGGCUCUCCAGCUACAGCAACAUGUGCGUACGAUGUCUAUUGCUUCGGCAAGAUACUACUGGAGCUAAUCACAGGAAAACUCGGAAUCAGCUCAUGCGAAGAAUCCCAAUUAAAGAAAAUCCUAACCGAGAUCCUGCCCUACAUUUCAUCACAAGAGAAAGAACCAGUGAUGAACAUUCUAGACCAAUCUCUUCUCGUCGACGAAGACCUCUUGGAAGAAGUGUGGGCAAUGGCAAUCGUCGCUAGAUCUUGUCUUAACCCAAAACCCACGAGAAGACCGCUUAUGAGACACAUAGUCCAAGCCCUAGAGAAUCCUCUGAGAGUCGUGAGGGAAGACAGCAGCGAAUCGGAGAGAUUCCGUACGACGGGAUCUUCGAGAGGAUCGUCGAGUAGCGGACGAAUUUUUGGUAGUUGGAGACAAAGCUUGUCUGAUCCAGUCGCGGCGGGAACAAGUAGCCUUCUGUCCCAGGCGGAAGGUUUAGCGAGAUCCGGCGGCGCAACGGGAUCGUCGACCAGGGGAAGUAGCCGUGCCGCGUCGAGCCGACGAAGUAUGAAAGAUGUAUAGCAAAAAGCCUAAAACCAAAUACACACACGAUACGAUCAAUAUUAAUUGUUUUUUUAUUUUUAGUUUCAAAUUUUGUUUUUUCCGAUUUAUUCCCUUGUUGAUAAAUUCCCAUAAAUUCAUAAUCUUUAUGCUGUAUAUGAUUGAAUGGAAAAUA